GUUGCGGCACUUGCAGUAUUUUGAUUCUGAUUGUGGUCACACCGUCGACUGAAGAAAUUUAAAAAUUCAAUCUUUUCGUGCUUUCAUCACAGACGAAAGCAAGUGGGAACCGCCUCCUGCCCUCAUGCCAUUUGCCCGCCUCACGCAAUUGAGGCCAAUAAAGAACGGAAGAACGGAGUUAGUACGGCUGCCGUCGCUGACAAUGAACGGUGUGCGCAUCGUUCAUGUUGCCAUUUUUUUCAUGCAAACUUCAAGCAUUUAACAAUUUUACAAUAAAACGGUUAAACGAGUGUUUCGUAAAGUGAAUAAACCAGUGUUGAAUGAGUGAAAAUGGGUACAAAUCACCAAGUUUUUUGAAAAGCUUCUCUGCAUGGACUUGUUUUUUUUUGGAAUUUAAGACGGCGUUUGAGCGUUGGUGCUCCUGGCAAGAUGGUUAGAUUUUUAAGAAAUUAUCCAAGUACUUUGCACAGCGCUCUGACGGUAUCUACACUACUGGUGUUGACGUUGGUGAGUGGCUCUGUGACGUUUUCAUCAAACCACACCCGGAGCCGAUUGCGGCUACCGGACACCAUCAUACCAACCCACUACGACUUGAGGCUUCAACCCUUCCUCGGUAUCAACGAUACAAUCGAUGGACUUGUCUCUAUUCAACUGUCGGUUUUGAGGAACACCUCGAGCAUACGAAUUCACCUGCAACGAAUUACCAUCAAACCCAGAGGCAUUAAAUUAGUCUCCAACGACCUGUCGGAGCGCGUGGCCAUACGUGCGUCCAAAAAGGAUAGGAAGACAGGCAUGACAAUUAUUAAGGUACGGGGGAAGCUGCAGCCAAACGCUAACUACACCCUGAGAAUUGCGUUCACCUCCAAGCUCUAUCACGAGCCCAAGGGCUUCUACUCCACGGCAUAUUGGAUGCUCGAUGACCGACAAAGAUUUGUGGCUGCCACGCAAUUUUGGACGGCGAAUGCAAGACGCGCUUUCCCAUGCUUUGACGAGCCUUCUCUGAAAGCGACAUUCGACAUCACUUUGGGGCGCCAGCAGCACAUGACUGCCAUCGCAAACACUCCUAUCAGGGAGACCAGCCCCAUACCAAAUCAACCAGGCUGGUUCUUCGACAAGUUCGAGCGCACGGAAAAGAUGUCAACUUAUUUGCUGGCAUUCGUUAUUUCCGAAUUUUCAAAUAUUACUAUUGAGAAUAAGGCUCGAGUUCGAGUAUUUGCUCGGGAUGAUAUCCUGGAGCGCUCAUCGCACGCUAUUUCUGUGGGGGAUCGAAGCAUCAAUUUUUUCGAGCAGUACUUGAAUUCGAGUCUCGCUGUACCCAAAAUAGACAUGGUGGGACUGCCUCUAACGGCUCACCACGGAAUGGAAAAUUGGGGCCUUGUUACUUUCAGGGAAAGUUCGCUAUCGUACUCGUCUGAAGAUUCGACAGCAAGCGGUCUACUGCUGUCCACUGAGUUGGUGGUACACGAGAUGGCCCAUCAAUGGUUCGGCAACCUCGUUACAUUUGAGUGGUGGACCGACCUGUGGCUGAGCGAGGGCUUCGCCACAUACAUGGCGGCUGUGGCUAUUCAAGAGCUUUUUCCAGCGUGGAAAUCGAUGGAUUAUUUUUGCGCAUCAAGACUACGCAGCGUUAUGGUGGAUGACAGUUCACUCGCCUCCCACCCUGUCCGCACCCAUGUUGCUGACCCCAACGACAUAAAUGAAGUCUUCGACGCCAUUCCAUAUAGUAAAGGUGCGUCUAUCAUCAGAAUGAUGCAGCAUUUCUUGACGGAAGAUACUUUCAUGGCUGGCGUGAAAAACUACCUAAACAAAUUCAAAUUCAGCUCUGCUUCUCAGGAGAAUUUUUUUGGAACAAUGAACGAAGCUGCAGAGAACGAUGGCGUGCUCUUCGGUGGAAUAUCUCUGAAUAUGAUAUUAGAUGCCUGGACCUUACAAGCCGGGUAUCCCGUCCUGUUUGUCAAUAGACCUGAUAACAGCACUGCAACUUUGAAACAGAGACGUUUCCACUUCGGCAUGAGCAACACUUCUGACGUCGAUGUCCAGAGGUGGUGGAUUCCGGUGACUUUCACCGACCAGCGAUAUCCUUAUUUUGAGCACACACAGCCACGUACGUGGCUCAGACCUCAGGACGACCAGCUGCCGGUAACCGGACUACCGCCUCUUGACAAAUGGGUUUUGUUCAACUUACAGCAAACGGGAUAUUUCCGCGUGAACUACGACCUGGGCAACUGGCACUUACUGCUUAUCCAGCUGCUGACGGACCACAUGGUGCUGCCUGACGUCCACCGAGCCCAGCUAAUCGACGACUCCUUCAACCUGGCCCGAGCUGGGCUCGUGCCUUACCACGUUCCUCUGAACAUCACGAGGUAUUUACGUGAAGAAGUUUCACUGGCGCCGUGGCUUGCAGCUUUCAACAACUUCAAAUACCUGAACUCGAUGCUCAGGAGUAGCCCACUCUAUGGAGCUUUCAAA